UUCCGACAACGGUUCACUUCAGAAUUUGUUUAUGAUCACGUAACGUCAAUGCGAACAAAUUUUGGCCAUAAAAUUUUUCCAAGAAGGAAAGAACACAAGGACAAUACAUUUCUGUUAACUAUUAGCCUCAAGUCAUGUCUGAGACAAGUCCGAGUCGACGAUCGAGACUUCUACAGGUUCUUCGGAAGCCAAAAUUCUUAAAAGGACUUCACAUCUUGGCAAUAGUUCUCGGUUUUCUAUGCAUUGGCGGCUGUUUUGUGCUUGCAAGUCUCACGUACAUUUUAUUUGGAGACUGUAAUGGCUGUGAGAUGGGAUCAGACGAUAAAGCUAUGGUAAAAGUGUUGAGGAUUCUGGCUACCGCUUCUUUCCUAUUAGGAAUUCUCUCAAUUGCUUUGUCACUGUGCUGUAAAGGAACAUCUAGUAACAGUCUUACUCCUCAAGUUGUGGUUUCGCAGAUACCCGAAGCAGAUUUAGAGAAAUCGCCCGCUCCUGUGAUAGCUUAUAAUCACAUUCCUCAUCGGCAAGCGUUUGAUGCCGAAGAUUCGGCGAUGAGUUACAAUUUGACUGAAUUUGUAGCAAAUGCGGAUAAUAUAGACGAACAAGGUGCGUAUAAUUCAGCAAAUGCGGGAUUUUGGACGGAAGAAAUUGAUGGACCUGUUACACCGCCGCCAACUUACGAGGAAGCUCUUGUUAUGAAAUGGCCGGUUGUAACUGUUAAGGAAAACAGUUCACAGAACUCAGAGGAAACGGUCUCUUUCAACACGGGAUUGUAGAGGAAAAAAAUAUUCAAAUUUACAGACAUGAGAGAACAAAAGCUCGCAAACCAAAGCUCAUUAAUCUCAACACAUUGACAGUUUGAUAAAGGUUACUCACGAUGGUUUCACGCGAUAAAUAUAAUUGUUCCCUUUGUCAUCUAUUUUUUUGUGUUCUUUGUAAAUAUUAUAACUCUAUUUAAUUAUCAUCUAACAGUCGAUGUUAAAAUACCGCGUGAAUUUCUUGUACAGUUUGAAAAUGUAAUUAUUUUUGUUAAGGUCGCAAUUUGCUUCGUUCACACACAUACAAAAAUGUAUAUAUACAUAUUACCUCACACUAUUGCGUGGCUAAUAUCAUGCUUUUGAUAUUGUGUAUACAUACUUAGUAUGAAUCGCGAAAAUUGUUCAACAAAGAAAUAAAUGUUUUAUAAUAAUUCGA